AGAAGAACAAGACUUGGCUGCAAUCAAUCGGCAUCGACUCCUGCGAUAUACCCCCCCUCCUUCCCUUUCCCUCCUGUUCUCUGUGUUAGGCCAAUUAACUUUUAAACCAUGAUUUCGUGGUAAAAAAUCUCGAAAAUGCGGCGUUACAUCCGUGCACUCUUCCUGUGCACGGUGUUUGCCGUCUUUUCGGGUUGGUACUUCUACAGUAAGCUAUUCAACACGGACCUCUCUCUCAGACAACAUGAUGCCGAUGCUGGCAGAGUUCAUAUCUCGUCUCGGAUCCAAGGUCCCAGGAUGGGACCUGCAGACAAAACAGCAGCGGAGAAGCCCCACUGGUAUCAUAGGUACAUCAUGCGCCAGCAAGGGGCCGAUAGUCCUCCCAGCCAGGCCGAGGCUCCCAGCAUGCACCUGGCGGUAGUUGCCUGCGGCGACCGGAUGGAGGAGACCCUCACCAUGGUGAAGUCUGCCGUCCUCCUGAGCUCCGGGAGCCUCCGCCUGCACAUCUUUGCAGAAGAGCAGCUUCACGUCGGCUUCAGGGAUAAGCUGGGCUCGUGGCCUGCGGCGGUGCGCUCCCGGUUCCGCUACACCCUGUACCCCAUCAGCUUCGCCGGCGACCAGGCGGCCGAGUGGAAGAAGCUCUUCAAGCCCUGCGCCUCCCAGAGACUCUUCCUGCCCCUGAUCCUGACGGACGUGGACUCCCUGGUGUACGUGGACUCGGACGUCGUGUUCCUGCGGCCCCCCGAGCGGCUGUGGGCCCUGCUGUCGCACUUCAACGCCUCCCAGCUGGCGGGCGUGGCCCCCGAGCACGAGGAGCCCCGCGUCGCCUGGUACAACCGCUUCGCCCGCCACCCCUUCUACGGCGCCACCGGCAUCAACUCGGGCGUCAUGCUGAUGAACCUCACGCGCAUACGCAGCGCCUACUUUAAGAAUGACUUGACCUCGGUGGGUCUGCGUUGGGAGGAGCUGCUGAUGCCCCUCCUGCAGAAAUACAAACUGAACAUCACCUGGGGGGACCAGGACCUGCUCAACAUCAUCUUCCACUACAACCCUGACUACCUCCUUGAGUUUCCGUGUAAGUGGAACUACCGCCCCGACCACUGCAUCUACGGCAUCAACUGUGCCUCGGCGGAGCAAGAUGGCGUCCACAUCCUGCACGGGAACCGCGGCGUCUUCCACAACCUGAAGCAGCCUGCCUUCAAGGCCGUGUACGACGCCAUCCGCCAGUACUCCUUUGGCGCCGACCCCAACGCCGGCCUCCUGGCCCCGCUGGAGGCAGCGCUGUUGAAGACCACCAACACCUACUGUGGUAAAUCCCACGCCCUGCUCACCAAGACGCUCGCCCAGAACCUCGACCGCGUCAAUAAGAACAUCCCACCCCCGCUGGGCACGACAUGAACCCGCGGUGCGGGCUGACGCAGCGUCUGUCGCGGGCGGCUUCAGUUUGGUCGCUAAGCUAAGCUAGCAGACGGUCACGUUCGGUCGCUCGUACCUGGGGGAAGCUAUCGAAGCUACUGAAGCUAGCGUACUGAAACCAAGCAAGGACAAAGCCGAACCUCGUCGUCCUACGACGUGCAAAGGAAAUCAAAGACGUGAGACCGUCCUCUCUCUGUCUCCAGCCUCAGGGUUCGCAGUUGGAAGAUCUCGGGGUCACUGAAGGACUAAGAAACUGGGACCUCGUAUGUUUUACGAAAGUGGGGAUGGCCAGCAGAUUGUUAAUCCUUUUGAUAGUUGAGGGGUACUUGAAGCUUGCUCACACGUGGGCCGAGUCCUUUCCCGCCCAAUCGCGUCUGAAUUAAUGUUCUCUCGGAGUUGAGAGUUUAGUAUUACUGUGCAGCGUCCAUUUUCGAUCUUUGGACAGGUAGGUGCGCUGGAAUAAGAAGAAUGUGUGUGUGUGUGAAUGAAUUUGAGACCAUUUGUCCAGUUCCUACUGAAUGUACAUAAAUAACUACUAACUCUCCGAGACUUAGAUGACUUCCUAGCGAAGGAAAAGGGCCGCCGCUGUUUAGUGGACUCCCAAUAUGGUGUCUGGUUCGUAUUUGCUUUUUUGUUUAAUUUUAAGAAGGCUAGCAAGGUCUUGUGUCUCAGGGUACUCUCUCUCUCUCUCUCCAUUGCCUCACAAUGCUUCACAUUAUUAAAAGUCAGUUCAGGUUUUAAUUAUGUGCGUCACCUAAUGAAAUAUAUUCUCUCUGAGUUUAAUAUAAAAAAGGACUGGGAGAAAGUGUCUUGAUAUUUGAAUAGGGAUUUUUCUAUUUUUUUCAAUUUUGUAGAUUUCUUUAAACAUUUGUAUUUUAUAAGAUUGGGUAAAAUUGGAAUUUUGUAAAGGUGGGCAUUGUUUUGAGUGUUUUGAUCUCAUUUAUAAAACUUGUUUUUACACUGGAAAAAGACGGUAAGAUGUCUGACAUAUUGUGAUAUCAAAUCAGUUUACUAUACUAUUGUAUUGGUAAGGACAGUACUAUAAAGAUCUUAAUCAUAUUGCACAUAUUUUUGAUCAGGACAGGCAUUUAAAAGACUAUUCACACAAUUGUUAUUUUUUAGUGUACUUCAGUUUCAUUAAUAUUUAUAUCAGCUAAAUAAAUGCAAUUUGCCUUUAUAUGUAACAUGUGAUCCAUGCACAUGGGUGUAAAUGAAAGACCUUUUUAAUUAUUGUUUAUAAGCUGAUUCCAAAGAUAUUUCACUGUUUAUGAUGACCUAGUAGAAAUAGGUGGCUUUCUUUGUCAUUUGUACUAUGUUCUGGUUUUUGUUUUCACAAUAAAAGCUACUUUGAUUUCUGUGAAAUUAAAUAAUGUAUUGUGU